AUGGCCGCCUUGUCCGCACAACGGAUUCUUCCCGACUACUUUGGACCUGACGUAAACCAAGCGAAAGAUGAGUUUGAAGAUUAUUUGGCUUGUCUCGUAUCUCCGCAGAUCUCAAGCUGCCCAGUUAGUGGCGUCCCAGGUGUCCCCGGAGUGCACGUGUUGAGUGGAAGAGAUGGGACCAAGGGGGAACAAGGACCUAAGGACUACGUCUUCGUUAAAAAAGACCAAGACACAGCCUUGAGAGUGGAGUUCGAUGGCGAUUUAAGAGUAGCUUAUUGUAACCACUGCUGUAAGCGUUGGUAUUUCACCUUCAAUGGCGUGGAAUGUUCUAACCCAACCACUAUCGAAGCGAUCGAUGCGAUUUUGCAGAACCAUGGCAGAACAGACACCAACCUACACAAGCACAGUCAGAUCGGGGGGUACUGUGAGGGGAUUGGUAAAGGCACCGUACGCGUGGGAUUGGUGGUUGGCGAUUGUCCUGGUUUCAAGAGCGGUUCUGACGCGUAUGCUGGGCACAAAUCCGUGACCCGAAUCAUGAUCGAGGAAGUCCCUAAGCCACAGUAG